AUGUCGCAGGCGACAACGUUUUCUCAAGCGCAAGACCGAUCUGCAUGCAAGCACGAACUGGAUUUCCGAACUCGAGACAGCCCCGAGGCAUGGCCACAUCCGAAUGUUAGGCUGUGGAUAAGCGGGAACAAGUCGGGCAUUUCAGUGCCGAGCCACCAAAUCGAAAACCAUCGUGCUGUCGCGGCAGCUGCUUCAUUCCGACCUCAAGCGCACUGCUACAGGAAAAUGUGGCCGCAAACCCUGGAAGACUUUCUUCUCUCCCGCAAACUGCAAGGGGUAAAUUUGGAUACGACGGCUUUUGUUGCCGCAUGCUCGGAGCUCACCCAUGAUCUACAAAAUGCUGAGGCAUGCCUCUCCGAUGCUGAAAAGCACAAGAGAAUAAUGCAAUUUGACGACGAACGGGGAAACCGCGGAGUGCUUUUCCAUUUGUUCGAGUCGUUAUUUCAAGACCAUGGACCUCUUGUACAUAUCUCCGACAUAGUAAGAGGAGAACUUGAGACAAUUGUCCGAUCUUUUGCGGGGCCGAAAGAAGCAGAACGAGCUAGAAUUCUUUUCGACAGAACACGAGGCUCGAAAGAGUUCUUUCGUGAACAUCAUGUCCCGGAAGUUAUGCAAAACCUUUUCCAAUCAAGGUCAAAACAUAUGCGGUCACGUCAUCAGCAAGUUUUCACAGACGGCGUCAAACUCAGGCUCCUCACAUUGACUGCCGAUAAAGCCUUUCUAUCAGCUUGUCGUCACAGAGGUCACGACCUCGUAAAGGAUGGGUGGGUCGUUGAGCACUCGUCGCGAUCUUUGGCCGGCCUCUGAACGCGUGCUAAACACUUAAGCGAUAUAAAACGAAGGUUGGCUUGUUCGGACCAAAACAAGAGUCGGAAAUGAGGGAAGCGGACAUCGAUAGCUUUCAGUCUUCAGCCCCUCAUUCGCGGCUAACAGAACCACCAUUUUUGGUGGCUACCACGCAAAGAACGAAAAGACACGUUUCCUACGGGUGUUUAGUACGAUCCCUUCUUUGAAGUAUAAUGAGGAGCGUAGUGCGUGCUCUUCUUUGUUUGCGCCUCAAUUACCGGUCGGUAACUGAGGGUCUUCUUCGGCUGCGCCUGAACAGCCUUUUUCGGAACCGGACUCACAGUUUUCUUAGAGACUGUACGUACAGUCUUCUUCGGCUGAUAGCUAACGCUUUUCUUGGGCUCGGAGCGAAUGAGCUUCUUUGGCGCAGGCUGGUCAACCUUUUUGGGGCGUCGAACAACUUUAGUGGUGUAGGAAGGCUGUACGGUUGUCUUUUUGCUGGACGGAGAGUAGCUGUAGCCACCGUACGUGCUUUUGCCGAGUUCGCGGCCGUCGGCAGCCUCAUCUGCCGACUCCUCGGGCUCUUGUGCCUGUAAUUCCUCGGGCUCUUCGGCC